GUUUUUUAGUGGUUUACUACUUUUGACUACUUUGCUGGUUUCUCAAAAGUGGGCCACGAAAGUGGGUCGUGUUUUUUUCUCCCUGUCAGUCCUCUGCCCCGAGACAGUAAUUGUUUCGAAAAAAGGCGAGAAUUUCUGAGACCGUUUCGGCUGCAAAGAGAAUAUAUGAAUUCCAUCUGGUUCGUGUUUUAGGUUAGGCGCGAAGCAAACUGACAGGUCGGUUGGUCGGUCCUCGGUCGGCAGGUCGAUAACUCACCAGCGAGCACGUUCACAUUUUAGACCCCAUUUCCACUCGUCGUUUCGACGUCUCGAUAACGCACGCACGCAAGAAAAGAAAGAAAGAAAGAAAGCAAGCGUCCGCGGGCGAGAAACUGGCGUUAAAAAUUCGAUCAAUCAAUCUUAAAGUUCACGACCCCGGGGCUCGCUUGAUUGCUGGGUUUUAACUUUGAUCUGUGAUUAUUCGAUAGGAGUGAAUUAAGUUGAAGUGCCGGUUAUUUCUUGCUUUUGUGCUCAACUGGAGCUAAAGCAAGGAACAUCGAUCUCGACCUAACCUUGAAAAUUAUGAUAUCGCGAUCGCGACAUCAGGACUGUCCACUCCUCUGAAGCUUUUCGUCGAAUCCUCUGGAAAUUCCUUCGCAGAAGAGACGGUGACCUGUCAGGACUGGCGAGAUGGCCACUCCUUCUACCCCGGGUUUAGAUCCGUGGGUGAUCCAGCCUCGGGAACGCGCCCGUUAUCAGGAACAAUUUGAAUCUUUAAAACCAAUCAAUGGGGUCGUCACAGGCGAGCAAGCAAAAGGAUUCCUUUUGCAGUCUCAGCUCCCUCCCCUCAUCUUGGGACAAAUAUGGGGACUCUCCGACACAGACUCGGACGGGAAGAUGAACGUUGACGAGUUUAGCAUUGCCUGCAAGUUGAUAAAUUUGAAACUUCGUGGUUUUGCGAUUCCAGCAGCUCUUCCAGCAGCUCUAAUUCAAAGCCUAAAAGCCAUAUCUGGGAGUACACCACCAGUUCCUGUACCAGUACAACCGAUGGCUCCACCACCAAUGAUUGCUCCUGCGGCUAUCAGGACACCAGUUCCACCAAUGGCAGGUCCGCCAAUAACGGUCCCACCAAUGGGAGUGCCACCAAUUGGUCCUUCAUUCGUUCCAUCAACAGGAAUUGCUCCACCACCAAAACCAGCACCUCCUUCGUUUCCAAAUAGUCCAGUUGGUGUCUCACCUAUUAGCAUGCAACCUACAGCAGUUUCAGUUCUGCCUUCUGUUCAGCCAAUGACUUCCACUUCAGCUAUGGUUGGAAUUCCGGGAGUAGCGCCUAUUGCACCUUCAAACACAAACCCGACACCGAUUGCGGCUUUCGGCAUGGGUCCAACUGUGCCAAUGCACCCAAUGGUUCCUGGAAUCGGAGCAGUUUCAGGUGUUAUUCCUGGCGUUAUGCCAAAUAUGCCAGCUAUACCUACGGACAACGGUGUGCUUCCGACAGCAGGGGUCAUCCAGCCAAUGUUCGGAUCCGCGAAUGCGUCAGUAGUUCCAGUUGCGGCUGCAAUUCCUGCUGGAAACAUUCCUCCGAAUGGUGGUAUUCACACUCCAGUUUCUACCAAUUCACCAUUGAGUACAACUGCACGGCCGCCCAGCAUAGAGAGAGUUGGAUCAGUCGACUCGGGUGGUUCGCCACAGGCCAUGGAAUGGGCAGUACCUCAUCAAACCAAAUUAAAAUAUACUCAGUUGUUCAAUACGUGGGACAGAACUAGAUCUGGGUUCUUGUCAGGUCCUCAAGCCAGGAACAUCAUGGUGCAGUCGCAAUUGCCGCAGCAGAUUCUUGCGCAAAUAUGGGCCUUGUCAGACAUGGACUCGGAUGGGCGUCUGGGCUGCGAGGAGUUUGUACUCGCGAUGCAUCUCUGUGACAUGUCGAAAGCUGGUGAAACCAUUCCUCCCGCUCUUCCUCUCGAGCUCAUUCCUCCAACUUUCCGGCGUCAGCGGCAAACCAGCUUAACACCGUCCCAAGGAACGCCGGAUAUCGAUCCAUCUGCAGGAAUGCCGCAGUCAUCUUUCGAAGACAAGAGGAAGGAAAACUUCGAAAAGGGACAAGCGGAAUUGGAACGACGACGCAAAGCGUUGCUGGAGAUCCAACGGAAGGAGCAGGAAGAACGCGAACGCAAAGAGCGAGAGGAAGCUGAAAAACUGGAAAAAAUAAGAUUGGAACAGGAGAGACGCCGUCAGGCGGAAAUUGAAAAGCAGAUGUUGCGACAAAAGGAAAUUGAGCAGGAGAAAGAGGAGCAGCGAAAACGAGCGCAAGAACAGAGAGAGGCAGCACGAAAGGAAAUGGAGAGGCAGCGUCACCUUGAAUGGGAGAAGCAAAAGUCACAAGAGCUUCAAGCGCAGAGGCAGAAGGAGCAGGACAUUGUCCUAAAACUCAAGGCGAAAAAUCAGACCUUGACUAUCGAACUUGGAACUCUCACUAGUAAAGUGAAAGAGUUGUCGCAGAAAAUUUGCGACACCCGAGUUGGUGUUUCGGGUGUGAAAACGACGAUCGACGGCAUGCGAUCGACCCGUGAUUCGCAACUGCAGGAAAUGGCUGCCUUGAAAAAUAAGCUGCGAGAGCAAAAUCAGAGACUCUUGACUAUAAGUCAGGAGAAAGCGAGGAUCGAAGCGAAGAAUAAAAUGAACGCCGUCCACGACGUGGCUGGACAGGAGCAGGUCAAGAUGGCCUUCGCGAACAAGCAGAUUACUCUCAAACAGAUGAAGGACAAAAUUGAAGAUUUGCAGCAACAGAUAAAUGAAAAAAUGUCCGACAUUGAAAACAACAAUGGCCAAUUGGAGGAAGUGAAGACUCAAAUGAAGAAUCUGGUGGCCGACUGCAAAACGCUCUAUACGAAUUUCAGCGAUAAGAAGUCUCAGGUUUUGCAACUGAAGGGUGGACCCAGAGGGAGUUAUUCGUCGGCAGCUUGGGGCGAGACCACCUGGGGCAAUUCCGAGUCUGUUGACGAAACUACCUGGCCGACUGACAAUGCCGCUCCGAUCGAAACCAGCACUCAAGAGACAGCUGGAGUGGUCGUCAAGUACAGGGCUUUGUACGAGUUCAGGGCUAGGAAUCAAGACGAGAUUUCUUUCCAACCUGGCGACAUCAUUUUGGUUACACCAGUGCCCAAUGCAGAGGAAGGAUGGUUCGCGGGAGAAAUUCGUGGACACACGGGCUGGUUCCCAGGAAGUUAUGUGGAACCUUUGGACGCCGUGCCGGCAGUAACCAGCAACAUAAAUGCAUUCAUCCAACAGGACAGUGUAGAAAAGAGAACGCUCGAAGAAAUCGCCGAAGUUCCUGAAAACGUGUCUGACGCCGGCUCGCUAGGUGGAGAAGGCCCAGUCGUGGAUCCUGUAGUGCCGACAGUAGGCUUGGGAACAGCUUGCGACAUGCAAGUUACAGCUAAUUUUUCGUAUCGUCCCAGUACGCAGGAACACUUAACCUUCGAUAAAGGAGAGACUUUCACAGUCUCCGAACAGCAGGGCGACUGGUGGUAUGGGGAGACGAAUAGUGGAAGUAUGGGCUGGUUCCCUAAAUCAUACGUAAAUAUUAACGUCACCAAUGGACAGGAGGUACUACCUACGACUGAUGGAGGACUCAACGAGUACUAUGUCGCUCUCUAUGAAUACGCUUCAAAGGAAUCAGGAGAUCUUAAUUUCAAUCAGGGUGAAGUCAUUCUCGUCGUUAAGAAGGACGGUGACUGGUGGACAGGCGUGGUUGGAGAUAGGACGGGCAUCUUCCCUUCAAAUUACGUCGAUAAAUGCGACGUGCCGAUUACUCAGGCUGCGGCAGUUUCUACUAACGGCACAGCACCUGUACAAAGUUCUGUUGUUGACCUUGGGGCUGAUGUGUCUAAACGUCAAGAUUCUGUAACGGCAACGGCAACUACUGCACCCGAAGCCUUUCAAGAAUCGCCACUUCCGGGAAAGACGGCAGAGCAGUUGGAGGAGGAAAGAGCCGAGGAAGAAGAUCAAGCUGAAUUGCCGGACUUUGCAGCCAUGUCCGCACAACAGUAUGUCAGGAAAAGUAGGAAACCAGAAAUCGUGCAAGUAAUCGCCCCCUACCAAGCGACUAGUGCCGAGCAACUGAACCUACAGAGAGGGCAACUAAUAAUGAUUCGUAAAAAGACUGAUACUGGCUGGUGGGAAGGUGAACUACAGGCUCGAGGAAAGAAACGACAGAUCGGUUGGUUCCCAGCUUCGUAUGUAAAGCUUCUGACCAGUAAUAGCAACCGAAGCACACCUGUUUCUCACGGGUACUUAGAUUCGCCCACGGAUCCUAAUGUUGAACGCGUGAUGUCACUGUAUCCGUACCAGGCACAAAACGAGGACGAGUUGAGCUUCGAGAAAGGCGAUGUCAUUACUGUCCUUGCCAAGGAGGAAGAAGCGUGGUGGAGGGGCGAGCUAAAUGGAGUUUCCGGUGUCUUUCCUAGCAACUACGUUUCACCUAUGUCUAGUGAGCAGAUGAGCGACGUUCUGACGGCGCAACUCGAACCUAUGGAAAGAAAACGCCAGGAAUACAUCAAGGAACUUAUUGCAACUGAACAGGCCUACAUAGAGGAUAUGAGACUCGUUCAUGAGGUUUUCGAAAAACCUCUACUCGAAAGUUUGGUGCUGUCUGCGAACGAGGUCGACCGAAUUUUUGUAAAUUGGAGAGACAUUAUCGCCUGCAAUGACAAUUUCCUGAGAACUUUAAGGAUAAGACGUGACAAUAGUGAUGGAGGAAUCGUGCGGAUGAUUGGUGACAUCUUGUGUGAAAACAUUCCAAGAAUGUCUGCUUACGUGCGAUUCUGCAGUUGCCAGAUAUCAGCAGCGGUUUAUCUUCAAAAAUUGACUGAAACUUGUCCAGAUUUUGUUCAAGUUGGACAAAGAUGUCAACAGGAUCCAAGAACCAAAGGAAUGCCUUUGAGCUCUUUUCUGAUUAAGCCAAUGCAGAGGAUUACUAAAUAUCCACUUAUUAUUGGAAAAAUCUUGGAAAACACGCCCUUCAAUCAUCCCGAUAGGCAGUAUUUGACAGAAGCGUUGGCUAAAGCAGAAGAAUUCUGUACACAGGUGAAUGAAGGUGUGCGAGAAAAAGAAAACAGUGAUAGACUCGAAUGGCUGCAAAAUCACGUAGCUUGCGAUGGACUAGAAGAACAGCUCGUGUUCAAUUCUCUAACAAAUUCACUCGGCCCUCGUAAAAUGCUGCAUUAUGGAAUAUUACACAAGGCGAAAAGCGGUAAGGAAUUAGUUGGAUUCCUUACAAAUGACUUUUUAUUGUUUGCUCAACCGAGCAAAUCUUUGCCAAGUGGACAACAAUUCUCGUUCGAGCGCAACGAGAAUCUCAAAUUCAAAAUGUAUAGAAAGCCAAUUUUUCUGAACGAAUUAUACCUCCUCGGUGAAUCCGAAAUGAGUGGUAGUGGAAAUGGCAGUGGAAAUGGAAACGAAACCUCUGAAAAUUCUUCGCGAACUCUUCGAUUGAGAGAUUCGAAAAAGAUGAUUAUUCUGCAGGCACCAUCUACAAGCGAAUGUACCCUGUGGACGAGAAGAAUCACAGAAGCCAGAAAGCAGUUUGCUGAAAAUGAAAGAACUCGUCUGAUGCGUCAACGCUCAAAGCAGGCGCAGUUUGGAGCUUGUGGACGAAUCCUCGUGACAGUGCUGGAAGGUUCCAGCUUAAAAACUGUUUCUGGAAAAUGCAACGCAUUCUGCAAAGUGUCUAUGGGAUCGCAGGAAGAACGAACGUCCGUUGUUUCUGGCACAGACUGUCCUCUCUGGGACGCAUCGAUGCAGUUUCAAGUAAAAGAUCUCAACGAAGACACUUUGUGCAUUACUGUCUUUGAAAAAGGAUACUACAGUCCCGACGAAUUCAUGGGACGAGCUGAGGUCCGAGUUGUGGACAUUAUGAGAGACAGCAACGAUUGCUUCGGGCCGAUUCAAAAACGGAUCAAGUUGAGAGAAGUGGAAAGAGGCGACGUCGUUCUAAAACUAGAUCUUCGUUUAUUUGACGAGUCUGCUCAUUUUAAUAAUAAGAACAGCAGAAGCAGAAUGAUAGACACCCGAGCUUAAAAAUUCGACUCAAACGAGACGCAAAAUUCCGAACUGAACUUUAAACUAGGAAAGGGUCCACUUAAGAAUAAUUCUAAUUCUUAAUAAUUAAUUCUUUGCAUCUCAUUUCAAUGCUUUUAAACAUUCAAAUGCAAAGAACGAUUCGUAUUAAAUUUGGUUACUAUAGUUUUGUCAAUUCGUCAAUAUAAAUGAGCAAAAUUGAUCUGUAGUAGAUAUAGAAAAUAUCUAAUGUGAAUUUUUUGUUAAUCAUUUAUUCAGUUUGAAGAAUAUUACAACGGGUGGAUAUUCCAGCAAAGUUUUUCACACUUUUGAUGAGAGAUUCCCUUUUAUUUUGAGUAAGAAAAGCUCACUUUUUGAAAGAUAAAAAGUAAAUUUAUUUGCCGUCAAAUAUAUUUUUGAAAAAAUCGUAUAACGUUUUGUAAGAAAUAUAGUUAAGGAAAUGAUAGGUUGGUAUCAUUGGGAAGAGAAUAUUAAUUUUCAAUAAUUUUAUUCCUUUUUUGGUUUACUUGUUUGUAUUUAAAUAUGCUUAGAGGAAUACUAGCAGGGUACUCAGUCUUUUUUAUGCGUAAUAAGGAAACUUGGAAUAGGAAAGAAAACUUCCACUAGUUUUAUUAAGUUACUUCAGUAUUAUUUGACCACGCAAAAAAAAAA